AUGCACUUGCGCGGCGCGGGGCACGCUGGGAGUUGUAGUCUUCCCCCCCCCCCCGCACCACCUCCCGUGGGGGAGCCGCCGUCAAGCGAAGCCGUGCUGAUAACGACAGCGGCUUUUGCGACGGCGGCGCACGUAAAGCGCGGCGUGUUGUUGACAGCGGCUGGAGCAGGAACUCCCUUGGGAAUGGAGGCGAUCGAGGCCAUGGCUGCUUUGUGCAUGAAGGACCCGGAGGAGGAGGAGGAGGGGGCGGAUGAAGACGGGCUCAUGGUGAGGAAUCCUCAUCCCAAAAAGGGGCUAUUCCCGCUUGGAAUGGCGCUAAAGGGGCUCCUGGUGCUCCCCAGGCUGAGCUGCGGGAGGUGCUGGGCAGCGUGGACACACCGGAGCCUGCAGCCAAGUCCGCAGGUGUCGGCUCCGGAGCUUGGGAACACCGAGGCCUUGCUGCAGGAGCGGGCAGCUCUGUACCGGGCCGCCAUCGCCAGCACCAGCCCUGGCCCGCGGCUGCGGCGCUUCCAGAGGGGCCUCAAGACGCUGGAGGCGAUGCUGGAAUGCGUCAGGAAGGGAAAACCCAUCCAGGAGGAUGAAAUUCCCCCUCCAGUGGCGCUGGGAAGGGCUCCGGGCCCCCCCCCGGUGCCCCCUUCCCCCCCAGAGGAGGUUUCCAGGCUGGAUGCGGCCGCAUCCCAACGGAUCCAGCAUUCCCAGGAGCUCCGGAGCCGCCAGCACCAAUACAAGGUCUUGGCUCUCCAGGCCAAGCGCAGCGGGGACAUGGCCACGGCCACCAAAUGCUAUCGGGAGGCGAAGAGGUUUGAUGCUCUCCUGGAUGCUGUGGCCAAGGGGCAGCCGGUGGAGCCCAGCCUCGUGCCGCCACCUCCUGAUCCACUCCCGGAGGAGCCGGAGCCGCAUCCCACUGCGGAGCCAGAGGCCAAACCAGCUUCUCCUUCCAGUGCAGGCUCCGGGGCCGUGCUCCCAGCGCUGCAGCUCCGGAUGCGCCGCUACGAGGAAGCGGCGGCAGCGGCCGGCAUGCGGGGGGACGCGCGCAAGGCCCGGAUGCAUGAGCGCAUUGUGAAGCAAUACCAAGAGGCCAUCCGGGCCCACACCACCGGGAAACCCGUGGAUCUCUCGGAGCUUCCUGUUCCUCCAGGUUUCCAGCCCAUCCAUGGCACGAAUGCAGGCGGGGAGCGGAGCAUGGCGGCAGUGCUGGAGCAGGCACUGAGGCUUGUGGGGCAGGAGGAGCACGAGGGGGAGGAUGGAGCCAAGGAGUUGCUGAUCCCGGCACAGAUCCCGGCCCAUCCCAGUGCCACCAGCGGCCGUUCCCAGCCCCAGCAGCUGCCCCCAUCCGGAGACAUGGAUGUGACCGGAGCAACCAGAGCAGCUACCAAAGCCGGCAGCAGAGCCCAGCAGCAGCUUCGCUUCCUGCAAUCCCGGCGGGAGCAGCUCCUGGAAGCUGCUCUGGGAUCCAAGCGCCGUGGGGACCUGGAGGGGGCGAAGCUGUUCCUGCGCCGGGCCAAAGCGCUGGAGCCGGCGCUGGAGGCCUCGCGCCGCGGCCUUCCUGUGGACAUCAGCAAGGUGCCGGAGGCGCCGGGAUUCCCGGAGUUCUUCCUGCUGGAACCGCGCUCUGGCGCCAGGAUCCCGCCGGAAGCGGCUGCACGGUUCCUGGAGCUGCUGCGGCUGCUCCGGCGCCAGCACGAGAUCUGCCUCAGUCACUCCAAGCAAUUCACUCAACUGGGAAACCUCACGGAGACGACCAAGUUCGAGGCGCUGGCUCAGGAAUGCCGCCGGAGCCUGGAGCUGCUCCAACGGGCUCAUGCCGCUGGCGCCCCGGUGCCGCGGCACCACCAGGAGCAGCGAACCUUCACCACUAUCAGGAGCUUCCCGGAGCUGAGCCCCAGCGACCUGGAGCUGGCCAUAAUGAAGGGGAUGAACCUCCCGGCACCACAGGGUUUGGCUCCCAAGGACCUGGACACGUCAGUGCGGUUCGAGUUCCCACAUCCCAGCGUGGAGGAGCCCCAGCGGGACAAAACAGCCACUGUGAAGAGCACGGAUUGUCCUGAGUUCCGGGAGCGGUUCCGGCUCCGGCUGCUCCGAGGGCACCGGGGGCUGCGCCGUGUCCUGCGCUCCAAAGGCAUCAAGUUCGAGGUGACCCACAAGGGGGGACUCUUCAAGCCUGACCGCAUCCUGGGCUCGGCCUCGCUGCGCUUGGAUGCGCUGGAGACCACGUGUGAGGUCCGGGAGGUGCUGGAGCUCCUGGAUGGACGGCGCCGCACCGGUGGGACCCUGGAGGUGCUGGUACGUCUGCGGGAGCCACUGGGAGCGCCGGAGCUGCGGCCGCGCACCGAGCCCUGGCUGGUGAUCCAGGCACCAGGAACUGCUGGGAAUGGCAGGGAACAGCGCCGGGAACGGCACUGGGAACAGGCAACAUCUCCCCGUCGCUAUGGCAACGGCUCCCCCACCCCGCCGAUGCCUCGUCUCCAUGGCAACCGCGCCAAGAGCGGACGGGCGGGAGGCCGAGCCAAUCGCUGCGUGCGCGCCGCCGGGCGCUGA